AUUUUCUUCGUGUAAAUGAGCAGCAGUUUAUGCCCUCACUUCUGCCCUUGUCACUACAUGACAGAGUGCUCAUUUACUUAAAACCACAGCAUCCUGACUGAGAAAGCAGAAUGUGUCACCACCCUGCCCCAGCCACAGUUUUUCUGUCAUCGAGUGAACAGAAAGCUGCUUAUUCAAAGGAGCCUGACUAGUGAGGGAAGACAGGCGAUGAUUUCCUAUUGCCCCAUGUGUGGAAAACCAGUCUACUUUGCUGAGCGGAAGCGUUCUCUAGGCAAAGACUACCAUCCGCUUUGUCUGAAGUGCUACCACUGCAAACGGCAGCUCAGUCCCGGCCAGCAUGCUGAGUUUGAUGACAAGCCCUACUGCACCCAUUGCUAUCUGCAGCGCUUUGGACCAAGAGGAAUGAGACCUUCAACAACUCGCUCAUCAUUUGGUGGAUCUCCUUCAAAGGUUCCAGCGGAAAUCCGAAAGUCCUCCUAAAUAGCCUUCCUUCAUUAUAUUACAGAAGUAGAAAUCAAUAUAAGCUUUUAUAAAUAUUUCUUAAUAAUUUUCCGUAACAACUUAUAAUCCUGUGGUUAAGACACAUUGUGGAAAUUUCAGUUGACAAACUUGCUUGCAUGUGAUUUCCAAUCCAAACAGCUUUUGAAACUGUUUUAAUUCUACCACUGCUUACAAAAGCCACUGUGAGAUAUAUAUUGAAGUACAUAAUGCGGCUUUUCUGUAUCAGGCUUUUAACCCACCGCUUUCCCAAGGCAUUUGCCUCCAGAUUCUUUGUAGGAGUGGUUCCUUUACGCAUGAUUUUUUCCCAGUGAGGUUCUUUCUCAGCCUUUCCAUACAUUGCAAGGCACAAGCACUGGUGCCGCUGAGGUAUAGUGGAACUGCGCAAAUAUAGUUAUAAUCUAUUCAUACUGCCAUUCACGGAUAAGACUAGUUAAUCUAAAACAGGCUGCAAAAGUGGGCACAAAAUACAGGAUCGGCUCUGGAGGGUUGCAACCUUCAUUAAAGCACCCACAAUGUACGGUGAGCGUGGAAUCAAGAGUACACCAUAAAUGCUUGUGCAGAAUGGCUCAUCCUUAGUGCUGGAGAGAUGCAUACCUGCUGGAAAAUGGGGAAAUAUCCUUAAUUGGAUUAAAGGACGUGCCCAUUCAAUUUGUGUCGAGGAUGUACAAUAAAGCUCUGGUGAAAUUGUCAA